AUAUUAGAAGGCGUGUUUGGCUGACCUGUAUAAAGAGAACGGGGUUCCGCAAUAGAUAUGGAGAGAGAAAUCAGCGAAGAGAGGGUUUGUACAAAUUGUACUUGUAGUUACUAGUUAGUUUAACAUCGCGAAAUAGUUACAGGGUUUUGUUUGCCACUGUCAAUUACGAGUCAUAACUCACUCAAACUCGCUCAGUAACACAGAUUAAUUCAAAUAUCGCGUUUGCAUGCAAUAAAUUAAUAAACAACGGUCCCGCCACUAGAAGAAUCAUAAGCUGAAACAAUGGAACAAGCACUUAUCGGUGCACUCAACCUUGUUUCUCGAAAUCUUCCUCUUCCUCCAGAACUCUUCAACACCGUUUCUUCUAUCUGUUACGGAUCUGAACCCAAACCCCUCUCUCUCAACUCCGAUGUUGAUGCGAGCAAAUCUACACAAGAUGAUGAUUUAUUGACAGAGCUUCAAGAUGCUUUGUCUAAACAACGACCUAAUUGUUCUUCAAGUUCUAAAUUAAAUAAAGCAAUGCAAAUUCGUACUCAAUCUCGGAUUCAGAAUCGCUUAACUCAGCUUGAAGGGUUGCCUUCAAACUGGGGAGACAACCUGCAGACAAAAUGCUUGCUCGAGCUUUAUGGACUAAAGCUAGCGGAGUUGCAAGGGAAGGUUCAAAAGGAAGUGAAUUCUGAAUAUUGGCUUAAUGUUAAAUGUGCAUAUCCCGACAAGCAAUUGUUUGACUGGGGCAUGAUGCGGUUGCGGCGUCCUCCUUAUGGUAUUGGAGAUCCAUUUGCCAUGGAUGCUGAUGAUCGAAUAAGGAAGAAACGGGAUGCUGAGAGACUAUCUAUAUUAGAAGAGCAAGCAAAAAGUGACAUAGAGACCAGAACAAGAAGAUUUUUUGCAGAAAUACUGAAUGCUGUCCGCGAGUCCCAGUUACAAAUCCAAGGUUCAUUGAAGAGGAGAAAACAGAGGAAUGAUGCUGUUCAGGCAUGGCAUGGAAGGCAAAGACAACGUGCAACUCGGGCUGAGAAAUUGAGAUUCCAAGCUUUAAAGGCUGAUGAUCAGGAAGCUUACAUGAGAAUGGUGAAAGAAAGUAAAAAUGAAAGACUAACUUUGCUUCUUGAAGAAACAAAUAAAUUGCUUGUAAAUUUGGGAGCAGCGGUUCAACGUCAAAGAGACUCCAAACAAUCAAAUGGUAUUGAACCCUUGGAAGAUUCAGAAGCUGCGUUACCACAGUCAGAUGCUUUGAAGAAUGAAAUUUCUAAGGAAUCACCUCUAGAGGAUGAUGAGGAUUUGAUGGAUUCUGAUCAUAAUGAUGAAAAUAGUGAUUUACUUGAAGGUCAACGACAAUACAAUUCUGCCAUACAUUCAAUUCAAGAAAAGGUAACUGAGCAACCAUCUAUCCUUCAAGGUGGAGAAUUAAGACCCUACCAAAUAGAAGGGCUCCAGUGGAUGCUUUCUUUGUUCAAUAACAACUUAAAUGGAAUUUUGGCUGAUGAAAUGGGGCUUGGAAAGACAAUACAAACCAUUUCAUUGAUAGCAUAUCUUUUGGAAUACAAGGGUGUGACUGGCCCUUUUUUGAUUGUAGCUCCAAAGGCUGUUCUGCCAAAUUGGGUCAAUGAGUUCUCAACAUGGGCUCCUAGCAUUACAGCUGUUCUAUACGACGGGCGAAUGGAUGAGAGGAAAGCAAUAAAGGAAGAACUGUCAGGGGAGGGGAAAUUUAAUGUUCUGAUAACACACUAUGAUCUUAUAAUGAGAGAUAAAGCAUUUCUGAAGAAAAUCUACUGGAAAUACUUGAUUGUUGAUGAAGGGCAUCGGUUGAAGAAUCAUGAGUGUGCUCUAGCAAGAACCCUGGACUCUAGCUAUCACAUUGAACGAAGACUUCUGUUGACCGGUACACCAAUUCAGAACAGCCUGCAGGAAUUGUGGUCCCUGCUCAAUUUUCUUCUCCCAAACAUUUUCAAUUCAGUUCAAAAUUUCGAGGACUGGUUUAAUGCUCCCUUUGCAGAUCGAGUUGAUGUGUCCUUAACAGAUGAAGAACAAUUAUUGAUUAUUCGCCGUUUGCAUCAGGUUAUAAGGCCCUUCAUACUAAGAAGGAAAAAGGCUGAGGUAGAGAAGUUUCUUCCCGGGAAAUCUCAGGUCAUACUCAAAUGUGACAUGUCAGCCUGGCAGAAAGUAUAUUAUCAACAAGUGACUGACGUGGGCAGAGUUGGGUUAGACAAUGGUUCUGGAAAAUCAAAAAGUCUACAGAACUUGACAAUGCAACUCAGGAAGUGUUGUAACCAUCCAUACCUCUUUGUGGGAAACUAUGAUAUAUAUAGUCGUAAGGAGGAGAUUGUCAGAGCAUCGGGGAAAUUUGAACUUCUUGACCGCUUGCUUCCCAAACUUCGUAGAGCUGGUCAUAGAGUCCUCCUUUUUUCACAAAUGACUCGUCUCAUGGAUAUUCUUGAAAUUUAUCUUCAACUUCAUGAUUAUAAAUUUCUUAGACUUGAUGGCUCAACAAAAACUGAGGAAAGAGGUUCUCUUCUAAAGAAAUUCAAUGCUCCCGACUCUCCAUACUUUAUGUUUCUCUUAAGCACUCGUGCCGGAGGUCUUGGUUUGAACUUGCAAACAGCAGAUACUGUUAUAAUCUUUGACAGUGAUUGGAAUCCACAAAUGGAUCAACAAGCUGAGGAUCGAGCCCAUCGCAUUGGACAAAAGAAAGAAGUUAGAGUUUUUGUGUUAGUUAGUGUGGGAUCAAUUGAAGAGGUGAUUUUAGAACGUGCUAAACAAAAGAUGGGAAUUGAUGCCAAAGUCAUCCAGGCAGGCCUUUUCAACACAACGUCAACAGCCCAGGACAGGAGAGAAAUGUUAGAGGAGAUUAUGCGUAGAGGUAGUAGCUCACUUGGAACAGAUGUGCCAAGUGAGAGAGAAAUUAACCGCCUUGCAGCUCGAUCCGACCAGGAAUUUUGGCUGUUCGAGAGAAUGGACGAAGAUAGAAGGCAAAAGGAGAACUACAGAUCUCGUCUCAUGACGGAGCAUGAACUGCCAGAUUGGGUAUACUCUGCACUAAAUAAGGAUGAUAAGGCCAAAGCUUUUGACAUCAGUGGUAUUACUGGAAAGAGGAAAAGAAAAGAAGUGGUAUAUGCAGAUACAUUAAGCGAUCUACAAUGGAUGAAGGCUGUGGAAAGUGGACAGGAUAUAUCUAAUCUUUCAGCUAAAGGAAAAAGAAGAGUUCGCUUCCCUAUUGACAGUCAUGCACAAACGAGUGAUGACACCAGGGAAGAAGAAAGGUUGUUACAGUUGAGCAACAUGGCAAUUGAGAGAUCAAAUGAAGAUACUUUCAAUGCGACCCCUGCCUCUAAGAGACUCAAGCAUGAAGAAAGUUCCCAUAAACAUGGAAUUGAAGAUGCUGGAGGAAGUGGUUUGAACGAGAAUGUAUUAACCUGGAAUACUCACAGAAAGAAGAGAUCAAGCUAUCUUAGUCAGGAUUCAUUAUCUGAUACCAGAGGGCAGAAUGCUAUUGGAAAAAGAACAAGCUAAAACUUAUCUAAGUUUCAAUUACUCAAUGAUGCCAGAAAUUUUCCCCAAACAUUUGAACCAGGUUCUGCUUUUAAUUCUUUGAGUAUGUCAAAGAGUUACUAGUAGAUUGUUGUAUCAUUAAAUGAAGAUACUAGCAAGUUCCUUCUCACAAUUGUAACGUUUAUAGCCAUUAGUGUAAAAUCAGUUAUUUUAA